AUGUUUCACUACUAUCCGCCCAGUGGAGACCUCUUCGAGCGCCUGCCAAACGAGAUAAUUGACAUGAUCUUCGAUUACAUCCUCCUUCGCGAAGAAGUUGACUGGGAAGCACUCGGCUACGAACGCUGGCACAGCCGCCCCUCAGUGGAAGAGUUCAAUCGGGAAGACUUCGUCGCAUUAUCCCUCUCGUCUGCUCGCUUGUGGCCACUCGCCUUAGCCCGUAUACACUGGACCUAUCAGAAAACAAACUGGGUAGGCAAGAAAGUCGGGUUCCACCAUGAAGAUUCAAAGCUCACCGCCGAUCAAAUGCGGAACUAUGGUGUGGAAGACACACCCGUCUUAAUCAAUGGACGUCAGGAAAUGAGGUCGCAACAGAAGGUCAAAGAUCGGAGAUGGGACCAUUUCAGGUGCCGACCACUAUAUGAUUGGUGCUCUCUCAUGCGCCCCAUGCGUGGAUACCAACCCGGACGAGGAUUGAAGAUGGCAAAAUAUGAGCUGACAUUAAGACGGGGGGAUCGGGACAAAAUCGAGCGAGAUCUUGGUCGGGUCUUUCCACGAGCCACAGACAGAGAGUGGGUGCUUCGCAACAUCACGACUAGACAAUACGUACGCUCGGAUCAGUUGCAAGAGCCAGCCUGUCCAGCACCAGAUUGGGACUCACUACCCAAGUUCCACGAGCCAGUACUUCCCAGGAUGCAGCGACUCUACCGCGAGCUGUCGGAACAGGUGAGGAGAGUUCCGAAGGAUAAAUCGCGACCACUACCGGAGAGUGACCAAGCGCUUACUUUGGCAAACAUAUUUCUGGUUCUCACGUGCAGCAACCCAGAGUGUCCCUCCCCAGGACAAGCCUUCAACUUCUCAAGUGGCCCAUGGGCUGGGUGCGCAUUUGAAGUCGUUUCACUGGACGACCAUCUGCUGUCUCAGCGACGAGAGUCAGAGUCAGUAGAACAACUAGACGAGGCAUGGGUGAACGUCAGCAAAGAAGUAGUUGCGGAUGUCGCCAACUUGCGUUUUUGUAUUCGCAGGUUGCAAGAGAUGAGGCAUCAGGGUCACGAGCGAUAUUUCCGCAGCCACGACCCAGCAGUCAACAAAGCAUACUGGGACAACUUCUGGAAUAAGGUCGAGAUGACGAGAAAGCUGCAUCGGCAGUGGGUGAAGACAUGUCCGCCUAGACCUUGGAUAGAUGAGAGCAUGUAUGCGGAAACGUAG